AUCACGUGCGCGAACGUGACGGGUGUGUGUCGCGUUGUUCUGUUGUAUUAUUCACGCGUCACUUGACAGUUGUACCGUACUGAAUAAUGAUUAUAGACCGACACUGUGUAACGUAGUGAUUGUUGCUGUAUACUUGUACUUAUUUAAAUAGAUUUAGUUAUAAUAUAAAUAGAGCAAUGAACACUAUUGUAUGACGAAAAGCUUCAAAGAAAUUAUUAUAGAAUUUAAUUUCUAAACUUUAGUUGUGUGAAAUGCUGACAAGUACUAGCCCUUGAGUGUGUGUGUGUGUGUGUGUGUGCGAUGGCGCGAGGUGCUGUGGUGUCUUCGGCCAUACUCUUGUUGGUAGUGGAGACUGCGUAUGCACAUUACACGCCGACAUGGGCUGUCCACGUGCCAGCGGGAAAGCAGGCGGCAGAUGCUGUAGCCAGCGAUCAUGGUUUUAUCAAUCUUGGCGAGAUAUUUGACAACCACUAUCACUUUCAUCACAACUCUGUAGCCAAGCGGUCCAUCUCAGCCGCCCACGAACAUCAUGACAGGCUGGAGGGAGACACAAGAGUGCGGUGGGCGAAACAACAGCGCGCUCUCUCUAGAAAAAAAAGAGAUUUUAUACCUUUACACGAUUUUUCUUCCACAGCUGAAACAAAAACAUCUGACGUGCCUUCGCCAUCGUCUGCUACCAAACGCGACGCUGGCUCCAAAAGAGAUCUUCUACAGUCGCGUGUUAAAGGGCGGCCGCGACUUGCUGACUCAAAGUUCCUACUUAAUGACCCCAAAUGGCCCCAUAUGUGGUAUUUGAAUCGUGGUGGCGGUUUAGACAUGAACGUGAUACCGGCGUGGCGGGAAGGCAUCACAGGUCGUGGUGUGGUCGUCACCAUCCUGGAUGACGGAUUAGAGACUGACCAUCCGGACUUAGUCGCAAAUUAUGAUCCAAUGGCAUCGUACGAUGUGAACUCCCAUGAUUCGAACCCGCAGCCACGGUACGACACAAUCGACUCUAACCGCCACGGGACCAGGUGUGCUGGUGAAGUAGCAGCGACUGCUAACAAUUCAUUAUGUGCAGUAGGUGUUGCAUUCGGUGCUAGUGUUGGAGGUGUAAGAAUGCUGGAUGGAGACGUGACAGAUGCAGUGGAAGCUCGCUCUCUAAGUCUUAACCCCCAGCAUGUUGACAUCUACAGUGCUUCAUGGGGACCAGAUGAUGAUGGCAAGACAGUAGACGGUCCUGGGGAAUUAGCCACUAGAGCAUUUAUUGAAGGUGUGACAAAGGGUCGUAACGGCAAAGGGUCCAUAUUUGUUUGGGCAUCGGGAAAUGGAGGCCGCGAACAUGACAACUGCAAUUGCGACGGGUAUACCAAUUCAAUUUGGACGCUGUCCAUCUCUUCGGCGACUGAGCGAGGCGAGGUGCCCUGGUACUCCGAGAUGUGUAGUUCCACUUUAGCUGCCACGUACAGCAGCGGUGCUAUCAAUGAGAAACAGGUAAUAACUACGGACUUACGACAUUCGUGUACCGCGGGACACACGGGUACUUCGGCGUCUGCACCUCUCGCGGCUGGUAUCUGUGCUCUAGCACUACAAGCAAACAGAGACCUAACAUGGAGGGACAUGCAGCAUAUUGUGGUUAGAACAGCAAGACCCGAGCGCCUAAGUCUAGGAGGCGAGUGGAGAGUUAAUGGAGUUGGUCGGAAUGUGUCGCACUCUUUCGGCUAUGGUCUACUUGAUGCUGCAGGAAUGGUCAGACUAGCCAGGACUUGGAGAACUGUCCCACCACAGAGGAGAUGCGAAUUGGCUGCACCUAGAGUACAGAGAACCGUGCCACCGAGGUCCACAGUUACUUUGCAGCUUGACGUCGCGUCAUGUCCCGGCGUCAACUACCUAGAACAUGUACAAGCAAGAGUGACACUAUCGGCGUCACGUCGUGGAGAUCUGCGUAUCACGUUGUCUUCGCCAGCGGGCACUAAUGUCACCCUACUCGCACCAAGAGCUCACGACUCCUCGCGGUCGGGUUUCACCUCGUGGCCAUUUAUGUCUGUGCACAUGUGGGGCGAGUCGCCUCUGGGCAUCUGGCAACUCGAGGUUUCCAACGAAGGACGCUAUUUAGUAGCAGGUCCACUGACACAAUGGGAACUCAUAUUCUACGGAACAGAAUCCCCGGCGCAGGAGUUUGAUGCAUCAUCGGAGACCAAUUCUAUAGGAACUAACGCAGGACCACCGGUCACCGCUUGGAGCAGAUCCAACGAUAUUGAUGAAGACAUCGCUUUAGUGUGGCACGAUUCUCACGUGGGUCCUGAUGACAAUACACCGGUGCCGGACGCCGUUUCCGGUCAAAAACACGCGAGCAGCGGCUGCGCGUCAUACUCUACACCACCGCUGCAUCGCUGCCUAGAAUGCGCGAAGGGUUUGCACUUGUACGACGGGCGGUGUUACAAGCAUUGUCCGGCCGGUACAUAUGCCAGCGAAGUUCUAACUGAACGAAGCUCAAGAAGACGCAAUCUUACUUACUUUUUUGAGGGCUCCACUGGUGCCAGUGUCAUGAAACGUCAGGGCACUAACGCUCCAAAGCCAACUGCAUUCGAGGCUUUAGAUAUGGAACCUGUGGCUAGUCCAGAUACGUUUCCUUCAGUUUGUCUUCCGUGUCAUUACACCUGCGCCACUUGUUCUGGUCCUCAUGAGAAUCAAUGUACAUCGUGCUCCGAAGACGCUCAAAUUUACAACUUAACUGACGUUGAACUGAAGGUUUACUGCUAUCCUAAUACGAUUGUACCACAGCUGUACAGUGCUAACUGGCACUAUAGGCUGAAUAUUACUCUUUCCAUUGUUCUUUUUAUUAUUAGUUUUAUUUCUUUAUACUUUUUAAUUGCUUGUAUUCUAAGAAAAUACGGUUGUGGUUCUCACUACAAUUCAAAUAUUAAUGUAGCGUACGAUAGACUAUCAAAUGACGAUAAAAAUCAAAGCGCUUUAGAAAUUGAGGAUGAGAUUAAAAAAGCUCUUCACGAGUAUACUGAAAGUGAAUCAGAAGACGAUUUGAAUUUAUAGCGAUACUCGCAAUUUGCUAGUUUUCGUCGUGAAUAUUACGAAAUAGUCGAUCAACAUUAUGUUAGCGAUUAAUAACGUUUAUGAACACAAAAUGCAGGGCCUAACAUCGUGAUAUUAUAGAAUCGAUUGUCACAAUUCUAAUAGAUUUCGUUUGAUAGUUAUUUACUGUUGUAAGAAAAAGGAGUAGAAAAAUGACUGCAAAAUAUUUUCGUACAAAACUCUCUUUUAGUUGAUUUAUUAGAUUAGCACUCAAUAAUCCAAAGAGCUAUUUUGUUUCAAAUUCUAAGAUAUGUAUAACCUAACAAUCAUAAUGACUAAUUUCCUUCGAUAUCUUGAUAAAGUUAUUUUGAUUUAUGCAAAUCUUAUAUUUUUGAGGUUCUAAUUAUAAAUUGAUCUCCUUAUUUCUUACAACUCUUUUUCAGAAUGACAUUCCAUAUGUAUAGGUUUUAGAUAAAUAGGUUAAUUUAGACUUUCUGGUAAGUAUCAAGAAUUGAUAAUUUUAAGAAAAAGAUGGAUGAGAUGAUGGAUGAAUUAACAUGAAGACAUUAUAAAUAAUGCUUAAUAAUAUAAUUUACAGAGUUGCUCAAUGUAAAUCAUUAAUAUGAUUAUUAUUAACCAAUUUAUAACAAGAAAAGUAAGUAGUUGUAAUAAUAUGAUAAAGGAUUUGAAUGUAACAUAACUUUGAUCAGUACGUUAAUAAAUAUAUAAGGCUGUUACUUCUUUAAGCAGAGGGUCAUUUGUUAUGGAAGAUGAUGUAAUUUAUAUGUCGCCAAGACGCUCUAGCAUGAACAAUAAAUUCCUCCGUGAUCUUAGUACAUUCUUAAUAAGGUAGA